GUGGAGAUAUAGGAAAAUUCAAUCAACAAAUAGCAUUGGGGUGCUAACAAUAGAAAAUGAAGAGUUGCAAAAGGUGAUUAGAAGCCUGGAAAGGAAUGAAAAAAAUAAAAAACAAGCGGAUGAACAUUCAGAUGAUGUUGUCAUGGAAAAACAUGUCACCGAGUUCGUGAUAAAACUGAUUGAGAAAGAUGCACAAAUUUAUGAGUUAGAGAAUCUUGUGAAAUCUUUGAAGAAAGAAAAUAAAGAUGUAAAGGCUAAAAUGGCACAACUUGAAGUAAAGAAUGGAGAACUGAUCGACCAGAUUAGCAAGUUGCCUGUGCAUGCCAUUACUCAACGGUUCCAUAAUUUGUCAAAUUCAGUUUAG